UUUUCGGCCAUCUCCGUGAGCCCCGAAGCUAUUGUGUCGUCAUCCUCGGAAGCGCCUCCUCCCGCCGCCCUCCCACCUCUUCCUUUCUUAGUCGAGCUACGGCGCCAUUUUACGAGGACGAGUUUCAUUUUUCAGCGCGGCCAUAGAGGAAGGAACGUGAGGGAAAUAAAAAAAGUCUCCUCUCUUGUUAUUUCUUUAUAAAUGUGGAAUGAAGUUAUUCAGAACUGAACAUUUGCCAUAAAAAAGCAAUAACCAAAAAAAAAAAAAAGAAAUAGAUCCAAAAAAAAAAAAAAACAGUGACGCAUAAACCAGUAAAAAUUAAUUUUUUUUUGUACUAAAAGUACAGAGGGAAAUGGCUGUGGAAAGCAUGAGUGUCCAUCAAUCCUCCCCAACAACCUCCAACCAUGAACACAUCAACAACGUCCUCACUGACGAAAGCAGGGAGGAUCAUGAGCUGGAGGAAGGGGAGCUGGAAGAUGAUGGAGGGGAGGUGGAGAGCCCCAAAGCCGGGGAGCCCCAGGAGAAAGCGGGGGGCCGCGGGAGAGAGAGGGAGAGGCACGGGAGCGGCUCGGAGGACGACAAGUCUCACCGACGCAAGAGGAAGAGGAGGAAAGAGAGAGAGAAGGAGAAGAGGAGGGCGAAGAAGAGGCGAAAAUCCAAACACAAACGCCACGCUUCCUCCAGCGACGAGCACUCUGAAUUCAGCGACGAGUCGGACUACAGCCCUGGGGAAAAGGGUCUUAGGAAAUACAGGGAGUACAGCCCCCAGUACCCCCCCCAGGCACUACAGCCUCAUCCGGGGUACCCCCCACCCCCUCACGGCGGUCCCAUGCCCAAGAAGGGGGGCUACAUGAAGCUGGAGAAGCCGGGAGGCUACGGGGGCUACGAUGAGUACGAUGAGGAGAAUUACGAGGGGGGGGAGGAGGAGGAGAUGGGAGACGAGGAUUACGAUGACUUUGCCAAGGAGCUGAACCAGUACCGCAAAGCCAAAGAGGGGACGGGGGGCAACCGGGGGAGAGGUGGUAAAGGUCGCGGGAAGAACCAGAGAGGUCGCGUGGGAAGGGGAGGAGGCAUGAGAGGAAGAGGCGGGCGAGGAGGCGGGCCCAGGGGCAGGGGGCGGGGCAAGAUGGGCGGAGAGAAUGACGACGGAGAUGGAAUGAUGUUCUGUGAGGAGAUGGAGUACGGAGAGGAAGACUUCGACCACAUGGGUGAUGAAGAGUUUGACGGUUACUCCAAAGAGAUGAACCACUACAGGAGGAAUAAAGAUGGGCCAAACAGAGGGAGAGGUGCUAAAGGAGGACGGGGGCGUGGCCGAGGGGGAAAGGGGGGCCGGGGGAUGAACCGAGGACGGGGGAGGAACAACAGAGGGAGGGGGAGAGGAGGGGACUGCGGCGCUCACGAGGAGGAGAACAACGGAGACAUGGACAUGGGGGACUGCGGUCCGCGCAGGAACGAUCAGGACAAGUCCCACCAGCAGGUCUCGGACAAGAAGGGCAAAGUGAUCUGCAAGUACUACAUCGAGGGCAGGUGCACCUGGGGGGAGCACUGCAACUUCAGCCAUGACAUCGAGCUACCCAAGAAGAAAGAACUGUGCAAGUUCUAUAUCACGGGCUUCUGUGCAAGAGCUGAGAACUGCCCUUACAUGCACGGUGACUUCCCUUGCAAGCUGUUUCACACCACUGGGUCUUGUGUGAAUGGAGACGAAUGCAUGUUCUCCCACGAGAACCUCUCUGAGGACACACAAGACCUGCUGAACAAGAUGUUAGCUGAGGACGCAGAAGCCGGAGCGGAGGACGAGAAGGAGGUGGAGGAGCUGAAGAAACAAGGCAUCAACCCGCUCCCCAAGCCCCCUCCUGGGGUGGGCCUGCUCCCCACUCCCCCCCGGCCCCCUCCCUCUGACCCCAGCUCUCCCGGAGGGGGUCCCUGCGACUCUCCAGGGGGUCCCGUGCCCGGAUUGGCCCCCUGUCCGGUACCAGGGGGCCCCGGGGUAGGACCUUGCCCAGGACAGGCACCCCCACCUGGACUACCGCCUCCCCAGCCCAUGCCUCCCCCCCAGCCCUGCCCCAACAACACACAGAAGAAAAUUCCCUCCCUGUUUGAGAUUCGGGUGCAGCCCACCGGCCAGCUGGCACAGAAACUAGGAGUGCGACCCCCAGGUGGCCCCCCAGGCCCUCCCCCACCUGGGCCCCCCCCUCCAGGCCCUCCACCCCCCCACUUCCAAGGGCCACCAGGCCCUCCAGGACACAUGGGGCCUGGCCCCCCUCCAGGGCCCCCAGGAAUGAGGCCCCCUGGCCCGAUGCCUCAUGACAUGUCAAUGGGGCCCCCAGGCAUGAACCAGGGGCCUCCUCCGAUGGGCCCUGGGCCCCCGAUGAUGCCCUUCGGACCGGGCGAUGGGCCCCCUAUAGGCAUGAUGCCCCCGGGCCCCCCACCACCCUACUUUGAGAACUUCUACCAUCCACAGCAGGGCAUGGAGAUGGAGCAAGGGGGAGAGGAAGAAGACGAUUACGAAGACUACGAGGAGAUGGAGCAGGGGGACGGCUCGAUGGGGUUCAUGGACCAGCCUCCCCCGGACCAGGGCUCCAUGAUGGGGCUCGACCCGGGGGCUGGGCAGGGUCAGAGCCAGCCAGGGAUCCCGGACUUCAUGCCCACGGCCCAGCGGGCUCUCUUCAUGAGGAUCCAACAGAAACAGCAGCAGGCAGAGGAGCGGGCGAGGAGGUUGGCAGAGGGAGGAGGAGAGAGAGACGCAGAAGCAGGUGACACGGCUAACUGGUACUCCAGCGAGGAAGAGGACGGUGGUGGCAGUGUGACCUCCAUCCUCAAAACCCUUCGCCAGCAGACACAAGGGGGGAAGCUGCCAAACCAGCCUCCCCCUCCCCACCCCACAGACACCAGCCCUGGGGGUCUCAACAACCCCCGCCUGGGCACAACCAACCCAGCAGCAGCAGCAGCAGCAGCGACAACAGCGGCCGCCACAAGCCGUCCAGCUGACCCCCGACUGUCCCGGGACCCCCGUCUGACCAGGACGGGCGAGACCAGCCAGAGCGACCCCCCUGCGGACCCCCGCUUAGCCCGCCACGCCCCACCCCCAAAACCAGACCCUGCCCCCCACCACAGGGCCCCCAGCGGCCCGGCGGACGAGGAGGAAGGGGAGAGGGUCUUGCGUGACAAGCCCGUCCCCAUCCCCUCGGAGCCCGUGCUGGGCCAGGCUCUCAGGGACCCCCGGUCCCAGCUGCAGCAGUUCAGCCACAUCAAGAAAGACAUCGUGCUCCUCAAGCCCAACUUCUCCAAAUCGGUGCUCUGGAGCCCCGAGGAUUUGAUACCCCUGCCCGUGCCCAAGCAAGACUUCCUCCCCUUGCCUCCCGGGAUCCCCCCAGUGACAGCGGUGGACCCCAGACUGAACCGAGCCCAGCAGCAGCGAGAGCACACGGCCCCCCCCAUUCCUCCCCCUCCUCCUCCUCCUCCUCCUCCCUCGAUCCCCCCUGCCCAGCCCGAGCCGGCCGCCCUCCCGGACUUCGAGCUCCUCUCCCGGAUCCUGAAGACGGUCAACGCUGCUUCCGGGCAGGCGCCCCUCCCCCAGGUUCAGCCGCCGCCCUCCGCCCCGGCGACCCUGCCCGCGGCGGACAAACCCGUCGACCCGCGGAUCGCGCGCAAAAUCGCGGCCGACCCCAGAUUGCAAAACCAGAAACCCACGCUCAAAGCAGCGGCCGAAACUUUGUCCGCUGGCCCCACUGCUACUCCUGCUGCUGCAUCUGCUGCUGCCCCGGGUAUUGUUCAACUGACACAGCCAGCAGUGCCGGCCAUCGCUCCCUACGACCCCAGGCUGCUUUCCGCGGGGGGUGGGGGGAGAGGAGGGGCAACUGCAGGACUGGGUAGCAGCACUACGGGCCAGAGCAAUGUGCUAAGCAGCAUAAGCCUGUACGACCCCAGGACUCAGAGCACGGGGAGUGGGGUAGGUAGUGGCGCCUCAGUGGCUAAAUCGGACACCGCUAAUGGGAAUCCUUCCUCCGAGCCCAAAGCGGGAGAAGCAGGCAAGCAGGGCAAGCCGAAGGAGCCGCUGUUCGUGCGCAAGUCAGCGCUGGAUCAGCCAGAGACGGAGAAAGCCAGCGGCUCAGAACCGGCCACGGACAGAUACAACAGCUACAACAGGCCCAGGCCCAAGCCCGUGGCUCCGCCCCCGUCGGCGACGCCCGCGGCCGGAAUCACCGCCGACGGUUCUGCAGUUACCGGGGUCUCCAAUCCGGAGUCCGGACAACAGCCUGGGGUUCACAACCUCCCCGUGUCUUCCGUGUUCGGGUUGAAACAGGCGGCCAAAUCCGGGGGUACGGGGAGCCCCUUUGGGGGCAGCAGCCCUGCGCAGCCGGCAGACAGCGCCGAGCAAGACGCAGCCUCGCUGAAAGAGGUGUUCAAGGGGUUUGACCCCACGGCUUCCCCCUUCUGCCAGUGAAAAGAUUCAAAGGACACGCAAGAAAACUGUUCUAUUGACAAUGGGGGAGGACGGUUGCGAUCCCUGUUUUAUUUCGACUUCUUCAAUCAGUGUUUGUUGUACAACUUCGGCAGGAGGGGAGGUAUGACGUUUUUUGAUAUUGGUUGUAUUUAAAAAAGAAAACCUUCAACUUUACAAAAACUCUUAUGUAUAUAGUUUAUGGUUCAUUCUUGCUUUGAAAAUAAUCGUUCUUUCUAAUUUUUUUCUUUCGUUAAUUUCGGAAAUCUCAAAAUAACUGGCCAAUUUUUUUUUUUUUUUUUUUUGUAUUUUUUUUUGUUUUUCUGUAUGGCUCCAAAUUACUUUGUAAACCCUGUUGAUGAACAUGUUUUAUAUAUUACUGGUCAGACUCUCAU